AUGGAUAACGCUGCUUCUGGAGAAGACGUCCCUUUGCCCGCUGAGGAGGAGGAGGCGCCAUACGAUGCCGCCAAAAGCUUCGCAGAAGUUGGUAUCGACCUUUUUUCUUCUUUCUGCCCUGCCCGUGCCCUCGAAAGGGUCACAGAUGGCCAUAAGCGCGGCCACAAGCCCUGCGAGAAACCCGGAGAAGUCGAGUUCUGGGCGCGAACUUGGCACUUGCAUUAUCUGCCACUCCCACCCGGCUGUCACAGCCGGCUCCUGCUGCUGAUUCCUCUAAAGGAAGCAAGCGACUAUGUUCAGGGGCUUGCCGCCAAGGUCGGGAUUGACAAGCAGCUGCUCCAAAACCUCACCCGCGACAAGGGCUUCGCGUACCAGGCCGACAAGCCUGGAAUCCCGACCCCUUACUUGUUGGGCGUGUCGGACAGCACCUCCUCCAUGCAACAGCUUUUCGAGAACAAAUGGCAGGAGAUAGGUGCUCGCUCCUGGGGACAAUGGGCAAGCAACUUCGAGUCGGACAUACUGAAGGAUCUGGAAGCAAAGCUCGACGCCUGUAUGAAGGUGGAGCAUCCCACCAAAAAAGGAAGAAACUCAGACCUGAUGUUUAUGGCUCGUAUAAAUGCCGAGCACCUCACUCAAGUCCAAAAGUGGUUUGGCCUGCGCCCAAAGGAUUCUGUUCUCGACACACUCGUCGAUCCUCCCGAUCUUAGCAGACCUGCCCCAUGGCUCGAUGAUGAUAGCCCCUUCUUCGUGUGCAUCGACUUCGAGUGGAAGGAGUUUGAUGAAACCCAGCUGACCGAAAUCGGCGUCUCCAUUCUCGAUACCCUCGACAUCAAAGCACGCCACCUUCGUGUCGCCGAGCACUUCCGCUAUGCCAACAGGAAGCAUUGCAAGGGAUACCCGGAUAAAUUCCAUUUUGGCAAAAGUGAGAGAGUGCCCUCGGCGAAGAUGGGAGAAUGGGUGGACCAGUUCUUUUCGCCCCCAUAUGGUUUUAGAUACCCAAUUGGCACCAAGCUUCCCGAGCACCAGUGUCGACCUGGGCGCCGCUGGAUUCUGGUGGGACAUGACAUGACUGGUGAUAUCAAGCAACUUGUUCGGACGGGGAGUCAGACCUUUAAGCCAAAGGGGAUCUCGUCGUUCGAGCAAGCCGAUACCGCGCAGCUUUUCAAGGUCUUGCACCCGGAAACGGCCACUCCUGGCUUGGCCAAAGUCUUGAGUGGCUUCAAUAUUCCUGCGAGACACUUGCACAACGGUGGCAACGACGCUUGGUAUACCCUUAUGGCAUUGGUCCGGAUUGUGCUGGAGGGGGGAUGGUGA